UGUGGUCAUCUCACUUCUCAUGACAAACUGAAGCAGAUCUGAUGCAUUCAAACACCAUCACCUACAACUGGCUAAAACGCUCCCAGUGUCUUACUUGACAUUUCUGCAGUGAGGAGGAUGAAUCAGUCUGUUCCAGUCAUUGGAUCUGCAAUAAACACAUUUUAGAGGAGGAUAGCAAUAUAUAACUAUAUAUCCCAGUGAUUAGAUGUGACACGGAGGUUCAAGCAGAGAAAACAAAGAGAUGCUGAUGGUGAUUCAAGCAACAAGGCAGUCUAACGGCCGCUACAUCGGUGUUAGCUCGAAGCUAACUUAACGCUUCGAGAGAUUAGCGGAUAUAUAUUUGAAGCAAUUUCACACUAGCAAAAUUAAAUAAAUAAGUGGUAUCAAUGACAGGGCUGUGUGAUUAUGAAAAUGUGGAUAUGAUGGUCACGAAAGGCCAGAAAGCUGCACGGAUGGGAGGGCAAGCAGAUUCCAAAAAAGACACGGUGAGGACCUUGUUUAACCUUGCACACCUGCAGUGGAGUGCAUCUGGAGGUUGGUGGAUUUAGAAGGGUGCCGGGCCAGGGUCUUCUGUAUGCACCGCUUGUCUUGUGGACUGCACCGGAUAUUGCUGUUGUUCGGGUGCUCGGGGGUCAUCUCUUCCUGCCUGUCCAUGGCUAAACAACAAGAAAGCUUUAGCUUCAUGAUCUCUUUGCAUUAGCUGUAUCUGGUGACCUGUCCGAGUGUUCCCCACCUUUCACAACCCUGAAACGGAUAAGAAAAUGGAUGGGAUUGAUGGACGGAUGGAUGAAUUGCUUCAUGGUUGAUUGUCAUAAGGAAUUCACGGCGGUGACGUUGAGUAUAUUCCAUAUUCAGAGAAAGUCCAGCAGCGGAGUGUGGAAUCUCCUCCUGUGAGAGCAGUUCUCCUCUGAGGCGCCGAGCAAGAAGCAGAACAUUUCCCUUCAUCAUGAGUGCAGAAAAACAUCCCGAAUUCACAUCCUCAGAGGCGCACGGGAUGGAUGUUGCAGACGUGAAGUCGCAGGAGGAGGAAGAAGAGAAGGAGGAUAACUCAUUUAGUGAGAAUGGAAUUCAGUCCGCUGAAGGUGUCACAGAUCCACGUGUGAUAAAGACUGAGGUUGAGGAGGUAGAAGAUCACGAGCAGUUUCUCAAGGCUGUAAAAGACCAAGAGGUUGUGCCUAAAGAGGAAGCGGAAGGGGGCAGUGAGGACGGGAUGGAGGAAGGCUUCGAUGAGGAGAGGACGGAGGAGGAGAAUGACGAAGAGCGGGACAUGGAAGGGGAUGAAGAGGGCGAUACCCUGAGCGAGCCGCAGGACCUGUCGCUGGUGGACUACUCACGCUAUGAUGACGCGGCCCUGCCCGACGGCAGCGCGGCGCCAGCAGCUGUCGCCGCAGAAGACGCUUACGCACCUGGAGCGGCGCCACCCCGCAUCCAGCAGACAGGCAAGCUCAGCUGUGACAUCUGCGGUUUGUCCUGCAUCAGCAUCAACGUGCUGCUGGUGCACAAGCGCAGCCACACGGGCGAGAGGCCAUUCCACUGCACUCAGUGUGGGGCCUCCUUCACCCAGAAGGGAAACCUGCUUCGCCACAUCAAACUGCACUCCGGGGAGAAGCCUUUCAAAUGCCCGAUGUGCAGCUACGCCUGCCGACGACGCGACGCUCUGAGCGGGCACCUGCGCACCCACUCUGUAGAAAAGCCCUACAAGUGCAACCAUUGCAGUCGCAGCUACAAGCAGCGAAGUUCACUGGAAGAGCACAGAGAGAGGUGCCAUGUGUACAUUCAGAGCAAAGGUCCCGCCGAGAGAGAGGACAGCCACACAGCCCGGACUCAGAUGGGUACUGAGCGUGCGCUUCUGCUCGACAGGCUCGCCAGCAACGUGGCCAAACGGAAGAGUUCAAUGCCACAAAAGUUUACGGCAGCUGCACUACAGAGGCCUUCAUCUGCGUUGUCUGCUUCCUCUGUGUCCUCAACUGCUGCCUCAGGAUGCUCUCAGGCUUUAAAGCUGCUUUUGUCCCAUCAAUCUGGUGCCUUCCAGGUUUUGCUUUUUCUCGUCCUCAGGGGGCACGUUUUGCCCUCUGCGUCUACUCCGCAGCAAAGUAAGAAGCCCCGCGACAACGGCGUGUGCCUGGACCUGAGCUUUAACAGGGAUCUGGUCCACCGAGCUGAUGUGAAGGAUCCUCAGCCGGGCUCCCCGGGGCCAGAGGCCCACCACCAGCAGCAGGCCAUCCUCCCAGGCCCAGAUGGCGACCAACCCGCUUCACACAGGCCCUACCCCAUCCCACUAGGCCGCAAUGACAUCACCUCCAUGGGCCUCAGCAAUGGCCACAAGAUAGGCAUGUCGCUCCUGGGCCUCCCUCAUCCCUCCCAGCCUCCCCUUGGCAUGGACGCUUUCCACAACGACAGCCCCCAGAUGUCCCAGCCUGUCAUUUACAGCUUAGGCCAUUUGCUGGGGGGGCUGAAUCCCCAGAACGGCAUGCCUCACCCGCACACUCAGCCCGUCCCCCUGUCGCCUCUCGAGGCUUUGCGGGUGAUGCGAGCUGACGGGGAGGCCUUGCCCGGGGCCGUGUACCCCUGUGGCCACUGCAGGGUGAUCUUUCUGGACUACGUCAUGUUCACCAUCCACAUGGGGUGCCACGGCUUCCGCGACCCGCUCGAGUGUAACGUUUGUGGCCACCGCAGUCGGGACCGCUACGAGUUCUCUUCCCACAUAGCCCGCGGUGAGCACCGCCUAGAAUUGAAGUAGACUGCAGGCGCACCAGCACUGCAUGAGAAAAAGCAGAUUAACUCAUACGCAGUGUCAGAAAUGAGUUCAUGAAGUAGCUAUCACGCUCUCUGUGUGUGUGUGAGCGUGUGUGUGUGUGUGUGAGAGAGACGUUAUACAAGUGUAACGGGUUUCAGAAUGUUUUUAGUCAUACUGUAGUCAUCUGAGAAGAUGGUCUGUAAAGUGUUAAUGCAGGAGCAGUUCUACCUCCUUUUUCAUGCAUGUUUUUGUACUUCAUCGUCCCUGCUGUAGCCACUGUUUAUAUCCUGAGUCCCAAUGACCUACGUUGAGUCAGCUGUUCAAAAAAAAAGUCAAAGUUAAUACGUUUCUUGUGUAAAUGCAUUUGUUUUGUUUUUGAUCAGUGUAAAGAUGUAAGUAAUAACAGACAGUACUUCCUUCAUCACACACAAACUGCAGCGCACACACAGUUUUAGCUUCUCUGAAAAACUCUUUCCAAUUCAAGACUGCAGAAAAAAAACUCCUAUUAUCUAGAAGGUCACAUGUCUCUUCUGUUUCAGCUGUGGUUUUCUGAGUGCAGUUCACGGCUUCAAAGGACACACUUCACUUUGCUUCUCACUCCAGAAUAUUGUGCUCAUUUAGCGCUCCCCACAAGUCGCUUCACAGUUUUUCACAAGACUUUCAGUCACACCAAACACGAGCGUUCAAUUACAUCUCUCACUUUGUUUGAUUUGUAAAGUACCGCUCGAGUUCACUUCACAUUGUAAAGAGAAGGCCAUACUGUAAUAUAGAGGUUCCAUUUGUUACAUGUAAUCCUUGGAAAGUAUCAAACUGCACUACAUCUGUGGGGGACGGAGGUGAAGGGGGUGGAAAUGGGAAUGAAAGUGGGUCUAAAUGAAAUCUAAAGUCAGGCCUCGAAGUGACUGAAGCCGUCAGGUUCCAUUAACUCGGGGAAAGAAGAGGCUGAGCGCGUUUUCCAUGCAGUGUGUGUGUGUUGGCAUGUUCUGGAAAUGAUGAAAUGUAUGGAUGUCUGAAACUGCCAGAAUCAAGUUUAAUAAAUAAAUAAAAUGGCUCAAUUAAUGUAAUGAAAAUGUCAUUAAAUUCACCAAAAUGUUGUUAAAAAUAAAU